GCUCUGUCUACGUCACGGGAAGAAACUCAACGAUAACAAUGCACGGAGCAGAGUCAUCCCGGCGGGAGGGUAUUCGGCCUGGGUCUUCUUGAACCUCCCCCCUCUACCCCCCAACUCUUUUACCACACACACACACACACACACACACACACACACACACACACACACACACACACACACACACACACACACACACACACACACACACACACACACACACACACAUGGCUUCCAUUCGGCUCCCCGCACAAUAGAGUCGGAGCGGCUCUGGAGUUCACUACUCCACCACCUAGCCUGCUUCCUACCGGGAUACUAUUUUGCAUCGCUUUGGUCUUCUUGCCACUUGCAACUUGUCCCGUGGGAACAGAUGGCGGGACACGAGUGGGAAGACUGGUUCGAACGCGAGGAAUUCAUCGGGCAAAUCAGCGACAUCCGAGUGCAGAAUCUACAAGUGGAGAGAGAGGUGGUGCAGAAGCGGACCUUCACCCGAUGGAUGAACCUCCACUUGGAAAAGUGUGACCCUCCCACCGAGGUCCAGGACCUGUUCCGGGACAUCCAAGAUGGCCGUGUUCUCAUGGCCCUGCUGGAGGAGCUGUCUGGCUGCCAGUUGCUUCACGGCUUCAAGAAGUCCUCCCACCGUAUUUUCAGACUCAACAACAUUGCUAAGGUCCUCACCUUCCUGGAAGAGAGAAACGUCAAGCUGGUUAGCAUUGACGCGUCCGACAUCGCUGACGGGAACUCCUCAAUCAUCCUGGGCCUAAUCUGGAACAUCAUCCUCUUCUUCCAGAUCAAGGAGCUGACGGGGAACAUCCGAAGCCAGUUCCCCUCCACCUCCAGCCUGUCGUCCAUCCCCACCAGCUCCGACUCGGACACCUCCCACUGCAGCACCCCCUCCGAGGAGCGCCGGGGGCCCCCCCCCGGCCCCGGGCACGCGGGCCCCGGCCGGGCCAUCAAGAAGCUGCUGCAGUGGGUGCAGAAACGCACGCGCAAGUAUGGUGUCGCGGUGCACGACUUUGGGAAGAGCUGGACCAGUGGCCUGGCCUUCCUGGCCGUCAUCAAGUCCAUCGACCCCAGUCUGGUGGACAUGAGGCGGGCCCUGCUGCGGACCCCCCGCGAGAACCUGGAGGAGGCCUUCAGGACGGCCCACUACACCCUGGGCAUCCCACGCCUCCUGGAGCCAGAAGAUGUCAUCAUCAGUCGUCCAGAAGAGCAGUGCAUCAUGACAUAUGUGUCCCAGUUUCUGGAACACUUUCCCGGCAUGGAGGAGCCGGAGCAGCCCAGCCUGGUGAUCGAGCGCAGCGUGUCCAUGGGCCGCCUCAACACGCGCGACCUCGACGCCGACCACCAGAUAAAGAACAGCCUGGACCGCAGCCGCCUGAAGAGGCGGGCCCACACCGUCGACCAGGACCGCCCGCCGCACCCGGCGCCCCGGAUCUUCCUGUCCUCCGUGUCGGAAGACCGGGGCGUGGUGGUGUCGCUCGCCCACACGCCGGCCCGCGCCGGAGCGCGCUCAUGGGCCAGCGAGGACUCCCUGCUGGACCCGGGCCCGGCGGCCGGCAGCGCCGCGGACCCCCGGGACCCUCGGGACCCGGAGGUGACGGAGGUGUUCACCGUCUCCACCUCGCGCUCCCCGGCGCCGUCCUACCUCCACUCGCCCGUCGACUCCUCCUCCGCCGUCGGCGACUCCGCCAUCGGCUCGCCCAACUCCUGGCAUGAGGAGGGCGGCUGGGGGGCCGGGAGCCCGAGCGACGGCUCGCUGUGCGACAGCGGCACCGCCUGGGAUGUCGGGGCCACCCCCGACCCAGAGGACCCUCCAGCGGACGAGGGCCCCGUGCCUUUCCCAGCAGACAACACACCGGAUGAGGCGAUGACCCCCGAGCUGUUUGUGGAUGAAGGGGUGGGCUCCUUGUGUUCCAUGGAGAGCUCCAAGGAGAGACAAGCACAGCUGGCUGUAGAACACGGGGAGGGGCAGGAGACAGGCCAGGCCGACUUUGACAUUAACGAGAGCCAUUGGGCGGCCGUGCAUGUGCCUGAAGAGAACACGGAUGAGUACAAAGCAGUGCGGGAGCAUGAAGGAAUGAACAGCAGUCCUCUUGGGUUGUGCCCAGGCUUGCUGGAGGAGCCUCCUUCUCUGAAACUCUGCAACGGAACAGAGAAGGUGAUCUCAGAGAAAGGUACCUCGUCAGAACCCGUGGGGGCGGACCUGUCACAGCCAGAGCUCAACACAAACUCGUUAACCUCCGACCCUUUCUUAGAAAUCAAAGAGCACGACAGUGUUGAGGCAGGUGGUCAGGAAGACGUUGAAUGUACAAAGAAAGCUAUAGACCUCAGUGGAGAAGCAGGAGUUAUUGAAGAACAGAAUCCUACUGAGACAGCACAUGUAAGCAGAGAAAGCAGCUUGGACGAGCCGGAAACGAAAGGGGCAUGUCUGAGUAAAUCUUCACCGCUUGAGGACAGACAGAAAAUGGAAACAAUGGAGGAAACAGACAAUGAUGAGGUCCAGAAUUCACAAACACAAGACGGGUUAAAUGAAGGAGGGUUCAAUGGCCACGCAACCCUGAAAGAAAACACAGAAGUUCUUGAAACCCAUGAAUGUUCGCAUCCAGAACAAAUGGCAUGGCUACUGGACGAUGUGAUCCAACAAAAUGUAUUGUGCUCAUCCGAGUGUGGAAUCAUAGCGAAGGUAGAACUAGUUGAUGUCAAAGAGGAGCCUGUGUCUCCUUGUGACUUGUACUUUGACCUAACCUCGACGGUUAAGGCAGAGAUGGGUUUAGCUGCUGAAGCCAGGGAAUUGAACCUGUUUCUCAACGGCGGCGAUUCAACAGAUGCACACCACGGUUGCCAGGAAACCUCGAACCCUGCAUCCGUACACUUGGUAGAGACGGCACAAGACGGAGACGGUCAAGACGGGGCCGAUUCCAGGGACCCUGGUGCCUCUGCCCAGGGGCCGGCCACGAAUGAGCCCUCCGUGAAACACACCAAGGUGGACUCGUUUUACGACAACACGGACAAUGGAUCCCGUUCAGAAGAGCGGUUUGGGGAGGAUCUGGAGCCCAUGGAUCUGUUCUACCCAGACAAAGAGGACGCCAUGUUGGCCGAGCCCGCCGAGAGGGAGACAGAGCUCCUGCCCUCGGUCUUCGGGGUGUUCGCUCUCCAGCCGGCGCCGGUUUCAGACCCUCUGCUGACAGAUAUCGACCACACAUCGGAGGAGAAAGACGAGGCACUCGACGAAGACAUCGACGCAGGCAGUGGAGGGAAAAUGGCAACAGAAAAGACGGACGAGGGGGUGGACAAAGACUUGGAAUGCAGGCAGCUCCCAGGCUCCGCCUCCAAGUCACCUGCUGUGGUGAUUGGAGGAACGGGGCCACGAGGGCAGGUGGGACCAAGGGAGGACAGACUCCUCAGCGGGGACGAUGGUGAAGGGAGAGCGCACAGCAUCGCCAAGGGAAACACUGAGCCCAUGAGCAGUAAUGAAGAACAUUCUAGACAGCCCGGUGAUGACCUCAUACCUACCGUUCUCCGCCACCGAAAGGCCACCGGUGUCCUCAACUCCUUGGACAAGCAGAUGAUAGUGCCGAUCAUCAAAAUAAAUUCCAACAACGCUGACCUUGGGGAGGGCUCCCUGCCGGACCGAGAGCUGUACCUGCUGCUGCUGCUGUGGUUGCUGCUCUACUGUCUCUGGCUGCUCCCACAGAUGGAGCUCCGCGCACUGCCUGGUCUCCUGUUCAACCUGGAUCAUUAAAUACACACACACACACACGCACGCGCACACGCACAUGCACACAUACACGUACACACACACACACACACACACAGACACACAGACACACACACACACACACACACACACACAGACAUACACACACACACACACACACACACACACAGGCCCGUCAAUAGAAAGUAGGGAUGCACUGAUGAGACAGGAUCUCUAUUGGAUUCUGUCAUUUGCGGGGGACACAGAAGGUAGAGGGUGUAAUUAAGGGUGUUGCAUUAUGAAAUCUAAAUUAUUGUUAUGGACAGUCACCUGGCAGGCUGGUAGAGACAUGUCACAUACUAUUCCCCGGCCAAAGGUACUCCCAUGUUAGUACUAUGGGAUGUAUCAGAUAGGGGUCAGCUGCAGCGAAGGAGCCAAUAUGACCAUAUUUUAGAAAAGUACAUUCAUUUCCUGUUGGUUUCAUUUAUCAAAAUAGUCAUACGGUUCUCUCACACUGGCCCGACAAACACCACCACUCAACUAUAGGGUGUCAGUUAAAGAUGGUCAAUGCUGAUUUGACAUGUACAGUAAGAGAAAUAAAGUAACGCCUCAUUGGACUACAAUCAGUGGCCCGGUUUGUCUGUUUGCGGACAUAUGACAUUAUAUGUCUAUACAUUUAUAUCAAAUCACUAAACUGAAACAACAAAACAUAUUAACUGUCGUGAGCCUUUUUUGCUCUCAGUGCAUCCCUGGUUGUAUAUUUUGGUCCACAAGAAAAACAUUGACACAAACAAAUACAUUAGCAUACAUCACACAAUAUAGUAAGAUAUUGUACAUUAAUGAAAACACUGGACGUUACCACCGACCCCAUGCACACAUAGGAAUCAAUCUACAGACCUUUAUAACCACAGAAGCACAUAAAGACACCAUGUUAGAUCCGGUCCACCAGGUCUUUUACAUUCUUGUUUGUCUCGGGGGGGAUAUUAAGGCAUUUAGAAAUGUUCAAAUUCUAACUAUAACUUUGAUGUUUUGGUUGUUUUGGCUUUUGGCAUUUGAUGUGGCUUGAUCCUGUUUUAAAGAUGCUAUUCUAUUGUAACUUUAUUUACUGAAAACAGGAGAGCUAUUUGUUGCUGAGAGAAAGAGACUAGAAGAGAUGGAUGGAUGGAUAGAGGGAGAGAGGUAGAGAAGAUUGAGGAAAUGUACAGCACAAAACUAUUUACUAGCAUAUAAAUCCACAAAUAAUGUUUUAUUGAAGCCCAUUUUACAUUAUGUCAUGGAAAAUGGCAUUUGUCAGGAACAACAAAAAAAUGACAACGAGCAUUACUUAAUCAGGAGUAUACAAAUUUGAAUAUCGGAUUUUGACACUGCCUUAGAGCAACUAACUACUACUACAUAUACUAUUUUUUUUAAGAUAACUAAGUGACCUGGAUGAGGGGCGAACUAUGAAGUCUGUUGCACUUUGAAACACAGUACAUUUACUGCCAAAGAUCCAGUUUUAGAAAGACUAACCAUUAGAAUAGAAAACUGGUUAUUCUUUUAUUUACCUUUUUCUCAACACUUAAACGUACAAAUUGUACGCCAUCUUGUUAUAAUACUUGCCGCCAGCUCUCUAUUGUAUAUUAGUUAAAUAAGCUAAAUAAAUAUCUGUAUUAUUGUAUGGAUUGCUAUAUGGGUUGCUCCUAUAUCAAGGGGGGUAUUCAAGGAUUUAAUUACAGAAUUACUUUGUCCAAGCUUGCCUAUAGUUAGUUAAUGCUUAACACAUGUUCUUGAGGGACAUUCAUUUUGACUGAAGCUGUAUGAAAUGUCAUUUUAAAAUCCACUUAAUUUGGUCAUUGCUUGUUUACCGUCCAUGUCUAUCCAAGCAAAAACAAAAGUGUUCCAACAAAUGAUACAAGAAUGACUUAAAUAUACUGUUUAUUAGGAAUGCUAAUCAUGUCUCCUCGAAUGGGGGGGUGCAAAAAAAACCAUGCAUACAAAUUAUGUACAAAAUAGGUCGCCUUCAUUUGUGUGUGUGUGUGUGUGUGUGUGUGUGUGUGUGUGUGUGUGUGUGUGUGUGUGUGUGUGUGUGUGUGUGUGUGUGUGUGUGUGUGUGUGUGUGUGUGUGUGUGUGUGUGUGUGUGUGUGUGUGUGUGUGUGUUGUUUAUGCCCGUGGGACACAAUCUCCCCUAGCCGACUUUGAAAAGAACUGACCUAGUAAUGUGUGCCCUGCAAAUGGUCUUCGGUUUUGUAUUGGAACCUCAUUCUGUUAUACUGUAAUUGUUCAAAAAGCACCAGUCAAGUGCAAUAAAUUAUGUUUUCACCUUU